ACCGGCCCAAGGGAACCAACCACCUCCCUCUCGCUACAACGGCCGAUCCAACAUUCAGUGCCAUACCUGCCAACAGUGGGGACAUAUGUCCAGAGAAUGCACACAGAUCCGGAGCAGACAAGCGUGGAACCAAGUGAGGCAGAACCCAACACCAAGGGCAGUGGCACAUCACUACCAGGUGGAACCUGA